AUGCAACGAAGUCAUUCAUGUUCUCCCAAGACUCGCCUCUCCCCCUCCGUAGCUAGGUUCUGCUGCCUCGGCGUCGCCGCCCCCGUGCCGUCGGCGUGGCCGUGCCUCCGCCACCCGGCCGAGGUCUCCACCGGCCGCACCAUGCUUCCCCCUGCCUCGUCCCCGCCCAGCAGCUCCUCCUCGGGGAGGGUGGCCCUCUCGGAGGCGGGGUCCCCCCUCGGAUCGCCGGCCCCGUCCUUUGCCGAGAUGGUCCGCUCCGGGCAUUCAUUGCCUGCCCCACCUGCCUCCCCGCGCCCCGCCUCCCCGCCCUCGCCAGGCCCGCUGGCCCCGCCCGCACCGUCCCGCCAGCGCCUUCAAUCCAUCGUGGUGAUGGGGGAGGGCGGCUGCUCCUACUCGGGGCUGCGCCCGCCUGCUCCCUCACAGGACGCAGUUUCGCAAGAAUGGCAUGUGGUCAGUCGCAAGGGCAAGAAAGGGGGGCGGCGACCACCCACGGGUGCCUCCGUUGCCAUUAUUGACCCAUCCACCUCUGGCAACGGCAUUCAUGGCGGCUCGGCCUAUAAGGCGGACCUCCUUGGCAGAUGCUUUCGGUGCCUCAGCUCUUCCCACCGUGUAGCAUCUUGCCAUAGCGACGUCCGGUGUCUUCACUGCCUUGUCCUCGGCCACACCACCCACCACUGCCCAUCUCGCCACCUCCCUCGAGUCCCCCUUUCCUCCCUUGCCGAGCCGACCCGCCCCCCCACCUCCCCGGCCUCCCGUCCGCGCACGCAUCGUGUUCCCCCCGGGCCACCCUUGCAACGAUCGCGCUCCGGCUCGAUCUCGGCUUGUCUUUCCUACACCCCCUACGGUCGGGCCCUCGCCACCUGCUAG